ACUCCCAAGUAAGGUAAGCAGUCGUUGGUUCUAAGCAACCGUUCACCCACGUACUUUGUCGGUCUCAGUCCGGUGGAGAUUGAUGGAGGCGACUCCGUCGACGUGUUUUCUCGGCCGGAGUUUGGCUGGAAGGGGCCAGAAGUGUCGUCAAGUUAGCGUUGGCUUUUACCCUUGGUCUUCGAGUCGUCUGCGACCCGUUUCUUGUAAAAUGCGACAGCGGAACUUCAGUUGGCAAAAUAAGAAACAGGCGAAGAAAAUAAAUUAUAACCGUCCAAUAAAUACAAACACCCGUGAGCCAAAUGUUGGAAGCAAGUCCGAUCCAAAUAUCUCGUCCAAAGAUAGGAAAACUGACUCAAAUCAAGAUUCAACGCUUGUUGACGGUGUUCCAGUCAUAACAGAUGCCGACUAUUCGAAAUCUCUGAGGAAUGAUGUUGCGGACAAUGGGGAAGAAUUAUCACACACCAACGAUGAGAGUACAAACAGUGGUAUUACAGCAGAUGACACUAUUCUUCAAUCAAUCAAUAUGGACGGAGGAACACAACUUCCAGGAGUCCAACUUCAAGAAUUAAUUGGGAUGAUAAAAAAUGCUGAAAAGAAUAUUCAUCUUCUAAAUCAAGCUCGCGUUCGUGCCCUUGAAGAUCUUGAUAAAAUUCUCAGUGAAAAAGAGGCAUUGCAAGGAGAAAUCAACCUUUUGGAGAUGAAGCUGGCUGAAACUGAUGCAAGACUUAAAGUGGCUGCACAAGAAAAGAUACAUGUAGAGCUCCUGGAAGACCAGCUGGAAAAAAUGCGAAAUGAGCUGUCUGGUGGAAGUGUUAAUGAGGAACACAUACAGGAAAUGGCUAAUAUUGUUUCUUCUGCACAACUUGAUCUUGUGAAUUCAUUUAGCCAGGAAUUGGAUUUGUUAAGGGCAGAGAAUAUGUCCCUGAAAGAUGAGUUGAAGGUGUUGAAAGCUGAGCUUAGUAAUAUCAAGGAAACUGAUCAAAGGCUUCAGAUGCUGGAGGAAGAUAGGUCAUCGAUGGAAUCUUCUUUAAAAAAGUUAGAGUAUAAACUUGUGGCUUCUCACGACGAUGUAUCAAAAAUUUCUAGUUUAAAAUCUGAAUACAAAACCUUGUAUGAGAAGGUAGAAGAUCUACAGAAACUUCUAGAUAAGGCGACAAAACAGGCUGAUCAGGCUAUUCUGGUUCUCCAGCAAAACCAAGAACUUCGGAAGAAGGUUGACAGGCUUGAGGAAUCUCUCGGUGAGGCUGAUGCCUAUCGAUUGUCAUCAGAGAAAAUGCAACACUAUAAUGAACUAAUGCAGCAGAAGAUGAAACUUUUGGAUGAACGGCUGCAAAGAUCUGAUGAAGAGAUACAUUCAUAUGUCCAAUCCUACCAAGAUUCUAUGAAGGAGUUUCAAGAUACACUUAAUACUUUAAAGCAAGAGAGCAAGAAAAGAGCAGAAGAUGAGCCCAUGAAUGACAAGCCUAGGGAAUUUUGGAGCAGAUUGUUGCUUCUCAUUGAUGGAUGGUCUCUUGAAAAGAAGAUUUCAGUGGAUGAAGCAAAGCUAUUUAGAGAAAUGAUACGAAACAGGGACGAAAGCAUAUGCAGUGCAUAUAUGUUGUCAAAACAAAAGAAUGAAGGUGAGAUUAUUGCAACAUUUCUCAAACUGACAUCACCUACAACAAGUGAAAAGUUGCAUGUCAUACAUAUUGCUGCAGAGAUGGCACCUGUGGCUAAGGUUGGUGGAUUGGGAGAUGUCGUGAGUGGUCUCGGUAAAGCACUACAGAAGAAUGGGCACCUUGUGGAAAUUAUUUUACCAAAAUAUGAUUGCAUGAAUUAUGAACUGAUUCCAGACUUAAAGGCUUUGGACGUGCCUAUUGAGUCGUAUUUUGAUGGCCGGUUGUUCAAAAACAAAGUUUGGGUUGGGACUGUUGAAGGACUUCCUGUUUAUUUCAUUGAGCCUCAUCAUCCGGGCAAAUUCUUUUGGAGGGGUCAAUUUUAUGGCGAACAAGACGAUUUUAAGCGGUUUUCAUUCUUCAGCAGGGCAGCACUUGAGUUGCUUCUUCAAGCUGGAAAGAAACCAGACAUAAUUCACUGUCAUGAUUGGCAGACAUCUUUUGUUGCACCAUUGUAUUGGGAUUUAUAUGUGCCAAAAGGACUGAAUUCAGCCAGGAUAUGUUUCACAUGUCAUAAUUUUGAGUAUCAAGGAUCUGCCCCUGCCUCCGAACUGGCGUCUUGUGGUCUUGAUGUUUACCACUUAAAUAGACCUGAUAGGAUGCAAGACAAUUCAGCAAAUGAUAGAGUGAACCCUGUUAAGGGUGCUAUUGUCUUUUCUAAUAUUGUGACAACUGUUUCACCUUCCUAUGCCCAAGAGGUGCAAACUGCGGAGGCUGGAAGAGGUUUGCAUGCAACACUUAAUUCACAUUCUAAAAAGUUUGUGGGAAUCUUAAAUGGGAUUGAUACCGAUGCAUGGAAUCCUGCAACUGAUCCAUUUCUCAAAGUUCAGUACAAUUGGAAUGACAUAGAGGCAAAAGCAGAUAACAAACAAGCUUUAAGAAGGCGUCUAGGAAUGUCUUCAAGUAAUACCAAGCUUCCAUUGAUAGCUUGCAUAACAAGAUUGGUACCUCAAAAGGGUGUCCAUCUUAUUAGGCAUGCCCUAUAUCGAACAUUGGAAUUGGGUGGUCAGUUUGUUCUACUUGGUUCAAGUCCAGUGCCUCAAAUUCAGAGAGAGUUUGAGGACAUUGCAAACAAUUUCAAGACUCAUGAAGAUGCUCGGUUAAUACUGAAAUAUGAUGAAGCACUUUCCCAUUUAAUCUAUGCUGCCUCGGACAUGUUGAUUAUUCCAUCAAUAUUUGAGCCUUGUGGCCUGACACAGAUGAUUGCUAUGAGAUAUGGUUCAAUACCAAUAGCUAGGAAGACUGGUGGACUAAAUGACAGUGUUUUUGAUGUAGACGAUGAUGCUGUACCGGUUCAAUACAGAAAUGGAUUCACAUUUUUGAAAGCUGAUGAGAAGGCAUUCAACAAUGCUUUAGAACGUGCGCUUCACCAUUAUAAUAAUUAUGGUGAUGAUUGGAAACAGCUUGUCCAAAAGGUCAUGAACAUAGAUUUUAGUUGGGAAUCCUCAGCAUCAUUAUAUGAAGAACUUUAUCAGAAGUCUGUUUCCAGAGCAAGGAGGAGUGCCAACCAAAAUUGAACAUGAUGGAAGCAGUUUGAACACAUAGCCUGAAGCUGGUUCUUGAUUCUUCUUGGCAACUGUUUAUAACCCAACCUCUUAGGUUUCGCAGGGUCAUCAUUAGAGCUACAAUUAUGCAAGAUCCCUCUAUAUGAUAAGAGAAGCUAAGCAUUGUUUUGAUGUAUGGGCUGCUCCUGGUCUCUGAGGAACUAAGAUUGCUGCAUGUGAUUGACCACCCAGGUUUCCAAUGCAGGUACCACCCUGGGAAGAAUGCUAGCAAUGUGAUUAUUAAGAUAGAGGCUGCUGCACAUCUUUUAUCCUUUGAUUGUUCACUGAAAUUGUGCUUAUAAGAAGGCUAGAAUUUCAUCCUCUAGAUUGUGUCAUUUGCUUUCUUGGUUUCGAAGAUAAAAGCCCUUAUUAAAGAGGCAAGUUUUAGUAUGUGUAUUUAAGCCUGAUACCACGUUGCAGCGGUCUAGAAGCACACUUCCAAAUGUACAAAUUGUUGAAAAUUAAAUACACUUGCAAUAUUCAAGUAUUCUUCUGAUUCCCUCUCACACUUACAAAUAUCAAGUAUUCGUCAUCGGAUUCCUAAGUUUGAUUUACCUCAAGUUUGAUGAUCAGCAAUCCCUACAGCCAUAUGAAAGCCAAACGAAAGGUAGACUUUCUUGUAUGGUUAUUAUUUUAACCUAUAUUGAAAACAGAAAGAUAGUGUUUAGUUACUAUCAGACUCCGGGAUAGCUGCAGGGGGCAUUUUGAAGAAAUAAAUGAGGAUUCUGCGCCACCAUGUUUAACUGUAUCCACCUUUAGUCUUUCCUAUGAAUCUGUCUUCAAAUACUUGUUAUGUUUGGGCAGAACUACCUAACCUUCUUUCUGCUUAAAUUGCUGUGUCUGAUCUCUUGUAGGAUUGUUCUGAAGUAGAUGAUCGUAUACAUCAAAGAAGCCAAUAUAUUGAAGAUUUUGUGGUAGCAAGGAACAAGUGCACCACAGGUUCUUUACUGCUUGUUCAACUUGAUCAUGGAUUUUUGAGUUAAUGUCUCAUAAGUUUCAUGAUAUCCUAGUGGCUUUAGUCCUCUUUGGUGUUUGCUCCUUAUUCAAGUUUAGUCUUCUUGUUUUUGCUUUACAGUUGUUGUAAUGUUUUGUAGCUACACAUUACUGCUACUUAGCAAGUUGUGUUUUGUUGAAACAGGGAGCACAUUCACAUUAAGCACAAGAAAUUAACGCCAUUUUUCCGACAACUCACACUCACUUUACAUCAUCACAAGCAUCUCUGAUUAUCUGCUAUGAGCUUCACUUUCCAGGGGUGAAGUUGGUGGCAUAGGCCCAGGCGUUGUUGUUGACAGGGUCGGCAAGAUGGUCAGCCAAGUUCUCCAAAGGACCCUUUCCGGUGACGAUGGCCUGAACAAAGAACCCGAA